GAAUGUAGGACGGACAAUGUUUUUAGUUAUGUGAAGUGAAUCUCAUCAGUGCAAAAAUGGCUCGCCAAAUUCAGUUAGCUGAUUUGGUUUGGAUAAAACCGCAGAGUAAUUCAGAAUUCGAUGUUCCUGUAUCUGUAAAGGUUCUAAAAAACAACGGUAAUGAUUUGGAAGUACGCGAUGAUGACGGCAAGGUGUUCACGACGUCCAUUAAAAACGUCUUGAAACCUUUGCAUGCAACUUCAGUAACUGGGGUUGAGGAUAUGAUCACCUUAGGUGAACUUCAAGAAUACACAAUUCUACGUAAUCUUCACAUACGAUACAAUCAGCAGCUAAUAUAUACAUAUACGGGAUCAAUGUUAAUAGCAAUAAAUCCCUACGAAAUAUUGCCUAUAUAUACAAUGGACCAAAUACAUUUCUACCAAACGAUAAAAGACGGAGAUGUUCUACCUCCACACAUUUUUGCCAUCGGAGAAAAUUCAUAUAGAGAACUGAAAGAUAGCAAUGCAAAUCAGUGCAUAGUCAUCAGCGGAGAAAGUGGAGCCGGUAAAACUGAAAGUACUAAAUUAUUGUUACAAUAUCUGGCUGCAGCUAGUGGAAAGCAUUCAUGGAUUGAACAACAAAUUCAAGAAACUAAUCCAAUACUCGAAGCUUUUGGCAAUGCUAAGACAGUCAAGAAUGAUAAUUCUUCCAGAUUUGGGAAAUAUAUUAACAUAUAUUUCAAUAGAAAAGGUAUAAUUGAAGGUGGAAAUAUAGAACAGUAUCUUUUGGAGAAAUCACGUAUCGUAUCUCAAAAUCAAGGCGAAAGGAACUACCACAUUUUUUAUUCACUGGUUGAAGGAUUAUCUUCCGAAGAAAAAAAGAAAUUAGAAUUAGGACGCUCGACCGACUACUAUUACUUGAAUUCCGGAAAUAUGGUUACAUGCCAGGGCCGUAAUGACAGAAAUGAAUUUGCUGAUAUAAGGUCCGCGUUUAAAGUUCUUAACUUUUCUGACACUGAAGUAUGGACUAUAUUCAGCCUGCUCUCCGCAAUUCUUCAUUUGGGGAAUUUGAAAUUCAAAAGUUUUAGCGUAAAUAAUAUAGAGUCAUCGGAAGUAGCAGAUAUGAUAAAUGCAACAAGAAUAGCAAAUCUCCUUGGCGUGAACAAAUCUGUUCUAUGCGAAUCUUUAACUAGAAAAACGUUUGUAGCACACGGAGAAAAAGUUGUCUCUAAUAUAAAUAUUUCAGCAGCCUUGGACGGUAGAGACGCCCUUGUUAAAGCGAUUUACGGACACAUUUUUGAAUACAUAGUUACAGUAAUAAAUAAAACGUUACAUAAGGAUCAGCAGUUAUCGAGCAAUGCCGUUGGCAUUCUGGAUAUUUUUGGAUUUGAAAAUUUUGGAACAAACAGUUUCGAGCAGCUUUGUAUCAACUAUGCAAACGAGAAUUUGCAGCAGUUUUUCGUGAAACAUAUUUUUAAACUUGAACAAGAGCAGUAUGAAAAGGAAGGCAUAACUUGGACUAAUAUCAAUUAUGUGGAUAACCAAGAAAAUUUAGACAUGAUUGGAUUGAAACCUAUGAAUUUACUAUCACUCAUAGACGAGGAAUCAAGAUUUCCAAAAGGCACUGAUUUGACAUUACUUGACAAACUUCAUAGCAACCACAGUAAUAAAGCUUGUUACAUAGCUCCAAAAUCAACACACCAACAUGUAUUUGGUGUAAAACACUUUGCUGGAAAUGUACAAUACGAAGUAAAAGGGUUUUUGGACAAAAAUAGAGACAUGUUAACCGCUGAUAUUAAAGAGAUGAUAUUAGAUUCAGGCAAUUCCUUUUUGAAAAAAUUGUUCAGCAUCGAUUCCGUAUCUAUACAAAGCGGGAAUAGAAAGGCAGUAUCAUUGAGUCAUCAAUUUAAGACCUCUUUAGAGUCACUGAUGAAGACGUUGUAUGCAUGCCAUCCAUUCUUUGUUCGAUGUAUUAAACCCAAUGAAUUUAAAAAGCCCAAGAUUUUAGAUCGAGAAUUAUGUGUGCGUCAACUUAGAUAUGCUGGAUUGAUGGAAACUGCAAAAAUACGACAAGCUGGAUACCCUGUUAGAUACUCAUACUAUGAGUUUGUAUAUCGAUAUCGUCUUAUAGUACCCAAUGUACCACCAGCAGAGAAAACAGAUUGUAAAGUUGCUGCUAAAAAAAUUUGUAGCCAAAUAUUAAAAGAUAAUGAAUUUCGUUUGGGGCACACGAAAGUAUUCCUCAAAGAUAGCCACGACCUCUUGCUUGAGGAAUUGAGACAUAAAGUGGUGAUAACGGCGGUUAUAAAAGUGCAAGCAAACGCUAGGAGAUUUUUGCUUAGAAAACGAUUUCUAAGAUUGCGAGAAGCUGCCAUUAAUAUUCAAAAGCAUUACCGUGCUCGUGGAUACAGACAGAGAUACCUUAUUAUGAGAAGAGGUUAUUUACGUUUACAGGCUGCCAUUAGAUCUAGAGUCUUGAGAAAAACUUUCGUUAAUUUGCGAAAAUUCUUAUCGCAAUUUCAAGCACACUGCAAAGGAUAUCUUGUUAGAAAAAUUGUUAAAGAAAAGGGUGAAAUUAUCAAAGCAAAACUGGCAGAAUUGAAUAAAGAGAAGGAAGUGGCACUACGCGCAGGUAUACUUAGCGUCAAUGUUGUUGAAGACAAUUACGAAAACGAUGUUAAUGAUUUUAUGAAAACUAUUUGGAUUGCGAAAGAAAAUAAUACUGAUAAUGCUCAAAAUUUGUCUGUGAUUGAUGACAAAUAUGUGGAUGAUGUUUUUGGAUUCCUCAAAGAUUCCGCAACUUCAGGUGGAACCGUACGUGGUAUGGGAUUUGGCGUGACAUCUACGCCUAAACCAGAAGGUCAAGCAAUACCAAUUCCAGAAGACGUUGAAGAAGAAUCCUUUGAUGAGUACAACUUCAGAAAAUUUGCCGCCACGUACUUUCUAGGAAAUACAAACUAUCAAUAUUCUAGAAAACAAUUGAAAAAUUCACUUUUAGAAUUGCCGUCUCCAGUCGACAAAGAAGCUUCUCUUGCUUUAUGGACCACAAUAUUAAGAUUUAUGGGAGACUUGCCAGAACCUAGAUAUGUUGACGAUAAGGUUGACAACGUUCCUGUUAUGACAAAACUUUCAAAUACAGUGGGACGUGCGUUCCAGAAGAGCAAGGAAUUUGAGGAACUUUUGAGUCAUCAGGGCAACACAAGUAACAAGAAAAUGAUACAUAUGACACUAAAGAAACAAACAAAGUUAAAUGAACAACUGAUGAAAAGUUUAUUGAAUGACGAAAUGACUAUUGAAAUGUAUAAUAAAUGGUUAAAUUCUGUACGAAGUUCAAAUCUAGAAAAACUUCACUUUAUAAUUGGCCAUGGUAUUAUUAGAAAAGAACUAAGGGACGAAAUAUUCUGUCAAAUAUGUAAGCAACUUUCUAAUAAUCCUUCAAAAGCAUCACACGCUCGUGGCUGGAUAUUAAUGUCUCUAUGUGUCGGUUGCUUCUCGCCUUCGGAGAGAUUUGUCAAGUAUUUGCGAGCCUUUAUUCGUGGAGGUCCGCCUGGUUAUGCACCAUAUUGUGAGGCUAGACUUUCACGGACUUUUAAGAAUGGUUCUCGAACCCAACCGCCCAGUUGGUUAGAAUUACAAGCAACAAAAACGAAAAAACCAAUAAUUCUGACGGUAACCUUAAUGGACGAAUCAAUAAAGACUAUUCAAUCCGAUUCCGCAACAACUUCAGAAGAAAUCUGUCAGCAAAUUGCAGAAAAUAUAUGUUUAACUGAUGUUUUUGGUUUCUCAUUGUACAUAACUUUGUACGAUAAAGUUCUCUCUUUGGGAAGUGAAGGAGAACAUAUAAUGGAUGCAAUUUCCCAGUGUGAACAAUUUGCUAAAGAACAAGGCACUCCUGAGAAAAAUGCUCCCUGGAGGCUUUUUUACCGGAAAGAAAUAUUUACUCCUUGGCACAACCCAGUCGAUGAUGCAGUUGCUACUAAUUUAAUUUAUCACCAAGUGGCCAAAGGUGUAAAAUUCGGAGAAUACCGAUGUGAUUCAGAAAACGAUUUAGCCAUUAUUGCUGCCCAGCAACAUUAUGUUGAAUAUGGACCACGUAUAGAUCCAAACAUUUUACGUAAAGUCAUAGUAAACUACAUACCAAAUCAAUUUAUACAAUCGAACGACGCUGCAUUAACUAAAUGGGAACAUUUAGUAACAAAAUCGUUUGAAUCUGCUCAAACUAUAAAAUCAAAGGUUGAACCCUUAAGGUGUAAAGAAGAUAUUGUAAUAUUUGCAAAACUUAAAUGGCCUAUGUUAUUCUCUAGAUUCUUUGAAGCCAUUAAAGUGAAAGGUGACAGUAUUAAUAAAGAUGUUGUUAUAAUAGCAGUGAAUUGGACGGGUAUCUAUUUUGUUGAUCAGUUAGAAACAAUUCUCCUUGAAAUCACAUUUUGCGAAAUAACUUACGUUGCGUAUAACGAAGACGAUCAAUAUGAUGAUGUGGGUAAAAUAACAAUUCGGACAAUACAACAAGAAGAAUUUGAAUUUCAAAGUGUUGAUGCUAGUGAAUUAAGCGCUCUAAUUAUAUAUCUUAUCGAUGGACUAAAACGGAGAUCGAUUUAUGUAAUCGCUCAAAAUGAUUCACAAGGUUACAGCGACGCCUCCUCCUUUUUACAAUAUAAAAAGGGUGACUUUAUAACGCUUUUACAAGAUUGCAAUGGUGAAACUUUAAUGAAUUCCACGUGGGGGCAUGGUAUUUGCAAUGGUCAAGAAGGGCUUUUCCCAGCUGAACAAGUUUAUAUUUUACCAACUUUAACUGUCCCGCCUAAUACUAUUUUAGACGUAUUUAAAAAAGGAAAUGUGAUUACCAACAAAAAAUCUACUUCUAUGUAUAACACAGUGCAAAGAAAAAGAAUGUACACUUUGGAAAAGUUUGCUAAAGAUAAUUUUAGAGAAAAUACAGACGGCAAUUCACACAUUUCCGGACAGUCAACAUUAACUACGGCUAAGAAAGCGAUAUCACCAGAUUUAUGGGUUCAUAGUAGAGAACAAAUUCGAAAACCUUUAUUGAAAAAAUUAUUAGAAAAUGAUCAACUUUCGAAACUUGCCAUAGUUGCUUACAUUGGGAUCCUUAAGUAUAUGGGAGAUAUGCCAGCUCCAAAAGCACGCACUGUCACAGAAUAUACAGAUGAAAUAUUUAGAUCAGCAAUUGCCGAACCUACUCUUAGAGAUGAAAUAUACUGCCAAAUAAUGAAGCAACUUACUAAUAAUAGAAUACAACUCAGUGAAGAGCGUGGAUGGGAACUAAUGUGGCUUAUUACUGGUGUAUUUGCAUGUGGGACAGCAUUAUUGAAGGAACUAGUAGAAUUUCUUAAAACUCGACCUCAUCCUAUCGCUAAGGAAUGCUUAAAACGUGUUUUUAGGAUACAGAAAGCUGGAUUCAGAAUGUAUGCUCCCUAUGUUGUAGAGGUGGAAGCUAUUCAGCAUAGAAGUUUACAGAUAUAUCACAAAGUAUAUUUCCCAGACGAUACAGAUGAGGCAUUUGAAGUGGAUUCAGCAACGAAAGCUAAAGAUCUUUGUGAACAAAUAACUGGAAGACUAAACCUAAAAAACGGUGAAGGUUUCAGUCUGUUUGUAAAAAUUGCUGACAAAGUAUUUUCUGUUCCGGAAAAUUACUAUUUCUUUGAUUUUGUAUAUGAACUAGUAGAAUGGAUGAAGCAGACUCGUCCCACUCGAGGAAGUACACAAGUCCAAAUGAAUUACCAGAUAUUCUUUAUGAAAAAACUCUGGAUCAACACCGUUCCCGGUAAAGAUAAAAAUGCAGAUCAAAUAUUCUACUUCCCACAGGAGUUACCUAAGUAUCUACGAGGCUAUCAUAAAACAUCUAAACAGGAUCUUGUUGAAUUAGCAGCUCUUGUGUAUAAAGCUAGAUUUGGUAAUGACCAGUCAUUAUUAUCUCAAAUUGGAGAUAUUUUAGAGGAAUUUAUACCGCCAGAUAUGGUCAGGAUUCAAUCUAAGUCUGCUUGGAAAACGUCUAUCAACAAUGCGUACCAACGGAUCAGUAAUAUGUCCGAAACUGAUGCUAAGGAGGCAUUCCUUCAAAAAAUCUAUCAGCUGCCAACUUUUGGUACAGCUUUCUUUGAAGUUAAACAAACCUCAGAUCCCGCAUAUCCAGAUAUGGUUGUUAUUGGAAUAAACAAGAAUGGAGUCAAUGUUAUCCAUCCUCAGAGUCGAGAUGUACUGGUAACUCAUCCCUUCUCCCAAAUAUCUAACUGGUCUUCUGGUAACACCUUCUUCCAUAUGACUAUGGGUAACUUCCUUCGAGGGACAAAGAUACUGUGUGAAACAUCAUUAGGAUAUAAAAUGGACGAUUUAAUAUCGUCUUAUAUUGCUAUAUUGCGGCAAUCUUUACCGCAAAAUUCACGAAGCGAUCUAUGAGACGAUUGAAAAGUGCUGAGUAUUGUAAAUAAGUUUUUUAAGGACUAAAAUAAUGUUAUUUAAUAUAAAGUUCAUCAAGAAUACCUAUACUAAAUAUACUAUUUAUUAUUAUAAAUAUAAUUUUAUAUACCUACAC